ACCUACAUAUAUUUAUUCGAGAUCAGACGGACAGCUGCGGCGGCGUCGGAGUAAAACAGUCGGAGCAAUGGCGAUGCAAGCCGGAGUUGGCUUAUCGAGGAUCAUAAUCUUAGCCGGAGCAGGCUAUACUGGUACGAUCAUGAUGAAGAACGGCAAAUUAUCGGAUAUAUUGGGUGAACUGCAGUCUCUGGUGAAAGGUAUGGAGAGAUCCGAGGGAGAUUAUGAUGAUUCCGACGCCGUAGCUUCCCAGGUUCGUAGAUUGGCCAUGGAGGUUAGGCAGUUAGCUUCAGCGCGGCAGAUAACGGUCAUGGAUGGAGUUUCUGGUGCAAACUUACAAGCUCUUGUUGUUCCUGCUGCGGUAUUGGGAGUCUUAGGAUAUGGUUACAUGUGGUGGAAGGGACUCUCGUUUACUGACCUUAUGUACGUGACUAAAGCCAACAUGGCUACUGCCGUGGCUAACUUGACCAAGAAUCUGGAGCAAGUUUCCGUGACCCUCGCGGCUGCUAAAAGGCAUUUAACGCAAAAGAUUCAGAGUAUGGAUGAUAAGGUAGAAAAGCAGAUUGAUCUCUCCAAGGGAGUCAAGAAAGAGGUCGCCUUGGCUCGUGAGGAUAUCAACUCACUUGAGAUUGAUUUGGCGUCAUUGAAUAAUUUGAUUAGUGGACUGGAUGGGAAGUUGGACACACUGGAAUACAAGCAGGAUGUUACAAAUGUGUGCAUGCUACACUUGUAUAACUAUUUUGGAGGCAAGAGCACAAAACUGCCUGACAUGGAGCAGCUUCAACUUCCUGUGAACCAGAAAGCUCGUAAUAUGCUGGCAGAUGUUGAAACCAAGGGGCUGAAAAACUUUGCUGAAGAACUGCUUGAAAGCAAUGGCACAGAGGAGGGAGGAGUAACCACGGUGAAGAUUAUUGGUAUAACUAAGUCCAGUGACAAGUCGAGGCCAUUGUUAUCAAGGGUUGGUUCAGCUAGGUAUUGAUGUGGAAGUUUCCUGAUGGCGUUGGCUUGCGGGAUGUAUAUAAUAACAAACUCUAACUUAUACAAAAUGGUCUCGUGAGCCGUAGAAAGAAACUCUCUUUUAAUUUAUUCGUAGGCUUGGUUUGUUUCCCCUCUCGCCAUACUUGGGUCUUAAUGAUAUUCUAGUUUCUACUUUGGAGGUGUUUCCUUGAACUUAGCGAGUUUGUUUAUUGGCAUCAUGGUGGCAUGUGCCGCGUCCGUUUUGGGACUUUGAAUCAAUUAAAAUAAAGUUGAUGUAGGAAUUGUGUUAUAGACAUGUGGAGCG